UCUCUGGCCAUCUUCCCUCUUUUGAUUUACUUGUCCACGCUCGAUUUUUCUGGCAUCUGUGUUCCUUUUUCCUCCCCUCUUUCUUGCUCUUCCCAUGAUGAGACUCGCGCGCACAGUGGUAUACUUUGCGCUAUCGUUUCUCCCAACUGCUUUCGCAGAUAUCGAGUUCAUCGAACCAGCAGCCGGUGCGGUCAUCAGAGCUGGGGAUGUGGUUACUGCUCACUGGAGGGACUCUGGCGCAUUACCUCGACUUGCUUCCCUCGUACAGUAUGACCUCUAUCUUUGUGCAGGCGGAGACACAGAAGGAUCCAAUGAGGAUGUAGCUCUCCUCGUCAAAGACGCGCUCUUUACCAGGGGCAAUUCAGUUUCAUUCAAGAUUGAUCCUGAGGUUGGCGGCAAUGAUGCGAACGCAUACUUUUUUAGGAUUGCCGCUUCUGGUCCUGAAACCUCUGUUGUCAACUACUCGGAUCGCUUCACCCUCACGAACAUGACCGGCUCAUUCUCACCGACUGUCCUAAAUGGAAUUCAUUCGGCCAUCUACUCUACAGACUCCUUCCCUUCGAGCCUUGAGGAUGACAAUCACGAAGAACUACGAAAGAGACAGGUGGCUGGGCCCUUCACGAUUCCCUAUCAGUUGCAGACUGGACCUACAAGAUACGCACCCAUGGCUAAGAAGCCUGGAAGUACAAUUCCGGCGGGAACACCAACACCCCAAUAUCCAACGAGCGCGUAUUCUGUUGCUACAACUUAUCUACCUCAGGCUACCGUUCAGAUGACACUGUCCGCCUCAGAAACAUACUCCGUCGUUAGCAUUGAAAAUACAGCUUCUCCUGCACCACAUGCUGGAGAUACUAAAAUGAAGCGGUUUUUGGAAAGAUGGAAAGAUUGAGGCGUAUGGCGGUUCUGGCUUGUAAGGUCUGGACUGUCAAUACUUGUUGCUCGAUCACUCCAUGGCUUCCUUUGUACUUAGUACGCUCCCUGUCCUAUGCCUCAAUAUUCCUACAUAUUGAUGGCUUGUAUGUGGCAUUUCCGGACUGGCAGACUGGAGCUUGGGAAUACGAGUUAUACCUAACUCCAGGCAUUUCCCAGCUAUGUAUGUUUACACCAAAGUGGUUACUAUAUUGGUCAACGCUGGCCUCUUGGUGUUUAUCGGAAACACCAAGCCUACUACAUAUAUGUUUAAAUUCUUGGAAAAUAAGCAAAGCUCUAGUCCCUUCCAUUGUUUAGCCUAUACUUUUGUUAUAUGCAAUUCUAAUUAUAUGAUUGUCUGUUAC